AUGCCUUUUAUAUAUUUUGGUACGAACUUAGCAUUAGAAGAAUGUCAAAUACAAUUUAAAAAUCGUCAUUGGAAUUGUAAAUUAUUUGAAAAUAAUCAAUUAAUGGGAAAUAUUCUUGAUUCAGGAACAAAAGAAUCAGCGUAUAUACAUGCGUUAACUUCAGCUGGUAUUGCUUAUACAAUAACAAAAGCAUGUAGUACAGGAAGACUUAGUUCAUGUGGAUGUGAUAUGUCAAUGAAAGAUAAAACGAGUAAUAGUUCAAUUCGAUGGGCUGGUUGUUCUGAUAAUGUUUUAUUUGGCUCGGAAUUAGCAAGAAAAUUUGUUAAUCUUCGAGAAAAUAAAAAAAAGACACAAACAAGUUUAUUAAAUCUACAUAAUAAUCAAAUUGGAAUUCGGACAAUUCUUUCAUCAGUUGAUCGACAAUGUAAAUGUUAUGGUAUAUCAGGUUCUUGUGAAUUUAAAUCAUGUUGGCGUUCACUUCAUUCAUUUACACAAAUUGCUAAUCAAUUGAAAGAAUUUUAUGAUAACUCAAUUCACGUGUAUUUACAAAAAAAAUCUAUUGAGAAAAAUAUACAAUUCUUACCCGAAAAACUUCCAUUACAAAAAGUUAAAAAUGAAUUAAUUUUUCUAAAUUCAAGUCCAAAUUAUUGUGAAUUAAAUUUACCUGUCGGUUCAUUUGGUACAAAAGGACGUAUAUGUAAUCGAAAAUCACGUGCUAUCGAUGGUUGUGAUUUACUUUGUUGUAAUCGUGGUUAUCAAUCUCAAAUAAUGACAGUACAUAGUCAAUGUAAUUGUCGUUUUCAAUGGUGUUGUCAUAUUCAAUGUCAAAAUUGUAUAACAACACAAGAAAUAAGUCGUUGUUUAUAA